AUGGUCGUGCCGAAGGCUCUCCCCUUCGAUAAAGUCUUACAGAAACGCCUAGUGCUCUUUCUGGUGCUGCUGAUCUGCCAGAACGGCUACGCCAGCUUUAUCAAAGUAAGGCCCAACACCCUGAGGGAAUUUCAGUACCUCAAGUGCCAGGGGGAGUUCAACAAGGCCCAGUACGUGUCCCUCAGUCACGUGUGCGAAGACUGCCAUAACCUUUACCGCCAGCCGGAGAUCUUGACGGAGUGCAAGGCAAACUGCUUCCAAAACACCCUGUUCCCCACCUGCGUGAGUCUCCUGAUGUUAGACCGCCACGAAGACGAACUCAACAAAAAAGUGGCUCUCAUUAGCGGCCAAGAGCUCUAG